GUCAUUGGCGGGAAACGACGCCGGCCAUUUUUAUUUUUUACUCUGUUAUUUUUCGAUAUAUUUCGCGGGAAAAUAUUUAAUAAACAUUUUGUAAUUUUAGUGUACAAACGUUUGGAUUUUUAGUGAUUUUAUUGUUUUUGUUUUGUAAUAAAGUUUUUUGACUAUUUGGUUUCUUUGAUAAUAAAAGUGUAUCAAAAUAUUUUAAUUGGUGCGUGUUAUUGUGUCUUAGUGUGCGAUUUUAUUUGAGGAAAAGCGGUUUAGUGAAUUGGUGUCGGACAGUAAUGUAAUGCAAUCAUGGAUCCGCAAGAAUUAGUACCUUUGGAAUCGGGCCUCCCCCUCCCGCGCCCCCACCAUGGGACCAGGAACUGCUACCUGGCACCUCGCACCUGCUACACAGCACCACUCCGCCUGUGUCGGCUACUGGCGCUACUCUUCGGGAUGCCCACCGUAUUCCUCAUGGUACCACUGUAUUUAAGAUACCGGGUGUUCCUUGGCCAGAUGUACCCGAUGAGUAUGACAGAUAUGCGGCUGAUAGAUAGUAAGAUAUCGCCCACUUGGUGCCAGAGACAAGUGGUGCGUUCAAACACGACGUUCAAUGCGUUCGUGGUGCCUGGCCCGCCGGAGCUGACUGACGAGCUAGUACCAGUGUCCAUGACGAGGGAGCUGGAGCUAGACGAUGAUAUGAAGGAGUACUGGGGGUUCUAUCUGUUGAAGGGAUCCUCGGUCACCGUGUCUGCUUGUGUGAGCUACCCUGGUGCAUCCCUCAUCAUGAUUAAAGGUUACAAGCACCUACAAGACUGCGCCUAUAUAGGCGAUGACUCUUCAGAAGAGAUCAAUGAACUAAUCGAAGCCAACAGACUCGGUCUUCUAUCUGAUGAUGCGCUGAAUAAAAAAAUAUCCGAACUGAAAGUGGAGAAUGGAAAAGUCAAUAAUCCAGAAACCAUGAAGAGACACAAGUCUGGCGUCAGUUUCCAUGAUCCGAAGAACCACGUCGAUGAGAACGUGACAUCAACAUCAUCGGAAAACUUAGCCACAGUAGACGUCACUGACCAUGAUCCUAAGGAGCUUCGAGAAAUUCUAGAACGUCUCCACGCUCUACGAGAAGCUGCGAAGAUCCAGAUAGCUAAGAACUACAGGCCACCAUCAAACAUCAUGUCUCUACCGGCGCUGCACAGGCAUAGGGAUGCCAAUGUCGAUAAGGAAGAAAGAAAAUGGAUUUCUUUUCAAGAUAUCGACGGCAAUGCCAGCGAAAUAUUAACAAAACUAGAAAUAACUACAACAGAGACUGUGCCUACUGAAGGCAAACACGGAACUGUCAAAGAAGAUAAACCAAUUAGUACUACACCAUUAUUAUUAACUAAAUUACUAGGUAAAACAGAAGUCAAAACAACCACAGAAAGUAUCAAAAAGCCAGAAGGAAAUAACAAAGUUUUAACUAGUCAAGAAGAAAAAAGUAAAACAGAUAAUAAUAAAAACGUCAAGGACGAAGAUAAUUUAGUCAUAGUAGAAAAUGAAGAAGAAUUAACAUCUGUAGAAGUAGAAGAUACACAGGGUGAUCUGAAAAUUGUUGCUACGGAUUAUACAACUAAGCAGAGUCCAACAGACGGAACGGAGCCGAAUUCAAAAGAAGUAUUUGAAGAUGUACUGCACAGACUACAGGCACUCGGAGACAAGGGGAAGAGGGUGCUGAUAAAGCUGCACGAGACCAUGGGAGUCGAAUAUGAAGAGGAGACACCAGCAACCAAAUCGAAGCCGGACAUCAUGUCGGUAGUAACGGGCAGUGGUGAGGAGUUGGACAGGCUGCGACGAGUGCUGGUGGAAGCCAUUGACGAGGAGAAGAACAGGUCGCAGAGAGAACAAAAACGUCGUGAUGCAGCUGAACAGGCGCGUAAGAAACGAGAGGCCAUGCUGGGCCAUAUCGAGCUCGUGAAAGAACUCAAUGAAAAUGAUGAAGAGAGAAACCAUGCAGGGGAAAUGGAUGCAGACGGUUACGCCGACCACCAUAUGGUAGUCAACGAGACGACUCCCCUCGACAUGAGUAACUCGGAGUUCUGGUCCUCGUUCUCCAGCAGUGAGGAGGCUCUGUUAGAGUGCGAGGGGCUGAUCCUGAACCUCCCUCUGACUCCACAUCGCCAUUGCUUCAGGAAUGCCUCCGAGAAUGAAGCCUUUGCUGCUGCCAAAGCUAAUGCUCUUACUUACAGGGUCCCAGCGAACGGCUACUACUUCUUCGUGUUCAACUCUGAGAACGAAGUACAGCGGAACUACAUCCGCGCGCGGUUCGAGCUGCAGAAGACGCGCUACGACGUCGCGCGCACCGCGCUGCGCACCUGCACCACCGCCGCGCGCUGCGACCUCACACUCGACAUCUUCUCCGCGCAGAAGGUAGUGCUAGAAGUUCCUCUAAGGAACAACGACUCCCUGUGGAACGAGCAGUUCCUCAUCAUAUCGGAGUGUGAGCCUCGGACCUCCAUCUACAUCUUCUGCGUCAUUGCAGUGCCUAUACUUAUACUUGUGUUCGGCUUCCAAUGAACGGUACAAAUAACCACAUUGGAUGCAUCAAAAAUGGGGCAAGGAGGACGUAUAUGAAAACCAUUCAAUCAAACAUAAGUAUCAACAUUUCGAUCUAUCGAUAUUGUAAAUCACUACAAUUAAUAAUUUUCCAACCGAUUGUAUCGUAUUUCUCAUUGUCAUAACAAAAUUAAUUAGACACAAUUGUCUUUUUGAGAGUAACGUAUCGAAUCGAUUAAUCGGGAAAAGCAAUCGAUUGUGUUUUGUAAAACGAUACUUAUUGAAGUGAUUAUAAACAGUUGUAUUUAGUAGAACCCGUUCGAUAAGUAGGUCAUGAUCUAUAUAUAAUGUACGCCAAAAUUUAUCAAAAUCGGUGCAGUAGUUUUUGAGAAUGUAAAUAUCGAACAUUAUAGUUUUAAGUUAGGUUGUAUAGAAAUGACUGACUAUGAAAGAUGGUGGAUAAUAUUGAGAAUUAUUCAAAUAAUAGAGUUGUGAUAGUUGUGAAAAGGUGGCCUUACCAGUGGACAGUGUAGUAUAUUUUCUUAGACACAAAGAUCACGAUUUAAAAAAAAGAAAUUAAGUAAGAGGCCAUUCUACCAUAGAGGUUGUCUAACCUCUUUGGUAGAAUGGCCUCUACUAAAGACAUUUACUUGGUUAAAGCAGUACAUCAAGCUAUCUAAAACUUUUUAAUCGAUUUUAAACUUUAGUGUCUACCAAUUGGGUAUUUUACUGGGUCAAAACUAAAUUAUUUUUAUUUUUCAAUCCAAUCAAAUAUUCAAAAAUAAUUAUAAUUUCAUUCAUAUAUUUGACGGUACACCUAAUUUUCGAUUUAUUCUAGCAUUUUAUUCAGAAAUAAGUGUACCUACUAUUUGACUCUGAAAUAUGAUGACGUCAUAAGUUGGUUUUGGGUACAAAAUUCAUAUAGGUAACAAUAUAGUUUUUGACGUUUCGAUAAAAGUUAUGAAUUUGAUUAGUUUUAAAAUAUCGUAUUGAAUUGAAAGUACCUUGUAAUCAAAAGUUUACCUAACAGACCCGUUUAAGUAUAAAGUGGUAUGAUAGAUACGACGUUAAGCAUAUGAUUAUAAGGUUCAGUUUUAACCACCGCUGUUGAAGUUUCAGUUAAUCUUAACUGACAGAUUAACAUGAUAAUUCGGUACUGGCCAACUAGUCAAAUUCAAUACUUUUUUCGAACUGUCAAAAACGACAGUUUUCUAUGAAUUUUGUACGAGAUUGUGUAUUGUGACGUCACGUUUUUUUAGCGUAAAACAGCAUACGUAAUACAGCAUGCAUUGCUGGAAAAAUACUAAAAUUAAGUUAUAAAAUCAAUUAAUGAAAGUGUGAUUAUUUUUUUA